AUGGAACCCAUGGGUGAUGUUCUCCACCUGUUAGUCAUCCUGUCCUUGUUGGAGACAGGCAAUGCCAAAGUGGGAGACUUCAAAGCACCAGGAGCUACAGCACCAGGAGAUAUCAUCAUUGGAGGGCUGUUUGCCAUCCAUGAGGGAGUAGAGGAAUUCGCCAACCUCUCAGCACCCCAUGCAUCACAGUGUGUCAGAGUCGGCCCACAGAUCCCUGUCCUGACUGCACUAGGGAUCUCUCUGGGGUAUCGAGCUACCACAGACUGUGGGGGAGGGGCCAACACCUCUAACUCUUCCCCGCCGAUCAUGGCCGUCAUUGGGGCCUCUUCCUCGAGAUUUUCCAUCUCCGUUGCCCGGCAACUCAACCUAAAGCUCAUCCCUCAAAUCAGUUACGCCUCCACCGCCAUCAUCCUGAGUGACAAGAACCGUUUCCCUACUUUCCUGAGGACCGUACCUAGCGACCUGUACCAGACACGGGCCAUGGUCCAGUUGCUUAGCGACAGCAAAUGGACCUGGGUGGGCGUGGUCACAACGGAUGGAGACUACGGCCGUUCUGCCCUGGACAGCUUCGUCUCCCAGGCAACCGCCUCAGGCAUCUGUGUGGCCUUCAAGGAGAUCCUCCCUAAUUCGCUAACCAGUCCUGGCGGUGAAUCAGCAGUCAGACAAGCCGCUGCCACCCUCCGCCGGAACCCCAAUGUCAAGGUGGUGGUGUCAUUCGCCAAGCCUACUCAGAUGAUGUACCUAUACCAGGAGCUGAGGAGUCUGGGGUCGGGGCUGGGAGAGAGGGUGUGGGUGGCCAGUGACAGCUGGUCCUCGUCCAAGGAGGUCCUGGGAAAGAUGGACCUCCAAGAUAUUGGUCAUGUGGUAGGCUUCACCUUCAAAAGAGGGAACCUGGCUCCUUUCCAUCACUACCUGAUGAAUCUGAGUGAGAGCAAUGAUAUCAUAGGAAACAACUCCUUCCUAAAGGAGUUCUACUCCCUGACAAAUGGGUCGGGAGACCCCAAGGUUGUGUCCUCCUCCACAGCCGCAACAGAGAUUCUGUUAAACAACAGCUAUGCGAACGUAGUCUUCAACGUGGAGAUGGCUGUCAGUGCCAUCGCCCAUGCAGUGGCUAAUAUCUGCAGCAAAAAGGACUGCAAGACACCAGGCACUGUCCAACCCUGGCAGGUGCUUGAAGCCCUGAGAGGCAGUCGGUUUGAGCUGGAGGGGAAAAGCUACACGUUUGACCAGAAAGGAGACAUCAACAUGGGCUAUGAUGUAACACUGUGGAGGUCUGCGAGAGGGGUCAUCAACGUACAUGACGUUGUAGCUGAGUACCAUCCAAUCAACAUCAGCUUCAGCUACACCAGCGGAAACACCAAAAAUAUCACUAACCUGAGGGAUGUGGUGUCUGUUUGCUCAGCUAGCUGUGAACCUGGGAAGUUCAAGAAGACUGCUGAGGGUCGGCACACCUGCUGCUAUGAAUGCAUCAACUGCACUGAGAACCACUACUCCAACAACACUGACAUGGACCAGUGUCUCUCUUGUGAUACAAAGACAGAGUGGUCCCUGGAAGGGAGCUCUGGGUGUACCCAUAAGACCCUGCAGUUCUUCUCCUGGCAGGAUAGUUUCGCAGUGGUGCUGCUGGCGCUCUCGGCCCUGGGCAUCGUCCUGGUUCUCCUGGUGGGGGCGCUCUUUCUACACCACCACCAGACCCCCGUUGUGAAGGCUGCCGGGGGGCCUCUCUCCCAGAUCAUCCUGCUCUCUCUAGUGGGAAGUUUUGUUAGUGCUGUGUUCUUUGUAGGACAUCCCAGCAGCCUACAGUGUAAGGUGCGUCAGGUGCUGUUUGGACUCAGCUUCACCCUGUGUGUUUCCUGCAUCCUGGUCAAGUCCCUGAAGAUCCUGCUGGCCUUCCAGCUCAACCCUGACCUGAAGGACGUUCUCCGCCGCCUCUACCAACCCUAUGCCAUCAUCUGUCUCUGCGUGGCCCUACAGGUCCUCACCUGCACCCUGUGGCUGGUCCUGCAGAGCCCCCGGGAGAAGGCCACCGUCUUCGCCAUCACUGUGCUGGCCGAGUGUGACGAGGGCUCCCACGUGGCGUUUGGCGUGAUGCUGGGCUACAUCGCUGUCCUGGCGCUUGUCUGUUUCGCCUGUGCGUUUAAAGGCCGCAAGCUGCCACAGAAGUACAACGAGGCCAGGUUCAUCACCUUCAGCAUGCUCCUCUACCUCAUGUCCUGGGUAAUGUUCGUGCCCGUCUAUGUGACCACCUCGGGGAAGUACCUGCCAGCGGUGGAGAUGGUGGUCAUCCUUAUCUCCAACUAUGGCGUCCUCAGCUGUCAUUUCUUCCCCAAGUGCUACGUCAUCCUCUUCAAGAAGGAGCACAAUACCAAGAGUGCCUUCAUGAAGAACGUGUAUGAGUAUUCCAGAAAGGGCAUUACUGUCUCUAGCUCUGUCUCUGAGACUUCAGUCUCUCAGACAGAAGGGAAGUGCAUCAGUAACUCUUAUUCCAUCAGUUCACCUUCCGUCUUCAUGUCUACUACACCAAUAGAACCCACAGCACCUCAGAACUGUUGGUCCGUUGGCCAGGACAUUCAGAGCAUUGACCCUGCAACCCAUUGCACCGUAGUAGACCAUGGAGUGUUUUUCACAGGUCAGCUGACUCGACCACAUCGUCUGAGGAGAAGCAUGAGCCUAUGAGUGGAGUGGACCACUGUCUGGAUUUUUUAAGUCUUACGGUACAUCACACAGUGUGUCUCUGUGAUUUUCUCUUUGGUUUGACUGUUCCCAUUUUGCUUAGUCUACUGGCAUGUUUUUUGCCCAAGUGGGUUGUGGAUUUUACAUUCAAGGCAAUUUAGGUAACACUUUAUUUGACACUGAUAUGGACAUGAUAAACAGGCAUAAAUUCUGUCAUACAGUGUCAUGUUUA